GUGGGAAACUCCGAGACCGCCCCUGGAUUAAGUCCCCGCCUUAAAACUCAAAUAAGACGGAAGCUUGAAAGGCCGUCAGCCGCCGGGGCUCCGCCCUCGCGCUCCCGGACGCCUUCACAAAGGAUUUGACGACGUUCGGGAAUUCCGCCUCCAGUUCCUUUUAUAGCGCCACUCGUGCCCUGGCAGCGCUCCAGGGCCCCGCCCACCGCGGUCACUUUGACAACACAAAGGACUUCACGGAACUCGUAAGCGCCGCCCUUCUUUCCAAAUAAGGUCGGCUUAUCCAUGUACGGCAAACAAUCGGUGCGAGAUUGCCCUUUUCUCUUCCUUAUCCCGUUUAUAUGAUCGGAGAGGAACUGCGCUUCAGGUUGGAAGCGGUGCGAUCAUGGCCGAGCGAGUCCAGCAGCCCCCAGCCAAGCGGCUCUGCUGCCGGCCCGGCUACAACCCGGCAUGCAGGCAGGGGCAGCGGGCUGGAGGAAUUCUGUGUGGCGGCGCGGGGUCCGCUCCUGGAGGGUCGGGGAACGGGAAAACGCACAACCCGGAGUCGCUGCUCGACAUCGCGGCGCGCAGAGUCGCUGAGAAGUGGCCGUUCCAGCGGGUGGAGGAGCGAUUCGAGCGGAUCCCGGAGCCCGUUCAGCGGAGGAUCGUAUACUGGUCUUUUCCGAGAAGCGAGAAGGAGAUCUGUAUGUAUUCCUCUUUCAACGCCGGAGGAGAGGAAAGUGGAAGUAGCGGGGACAAUAAUGACGAGACGCAGCUGCCUUUCCUGCGGGGUGUCACUCUGCUGGAGGGUGGCUGGGUGGACAACGUAUUGCAAGUCGGUUUUCAUCUGAGCGGCACAGUGACGGAUCCCGCCACCCCCUCGUCCCCCGAGCUCGUGUGCAGCGUGAGCGUCAGCUUCGACCGCUGUAAGAUCACGGCAGUAACGUGCACCUGCGGAAACAAAGACAUCUUCUACUGUGCCCACGUAGUGGCACUCUCGCUUUACAGAGUACGGAAGCCCGAGCAGGUCAAACUCCACCUGCCCAUUUCGGAAACCCUGUUCCAGAUGAGCAGAGACCAGCUGCAGAAAUUCGUCCAGUAUCUCAUUUCAGUCCACCACACAGAAGUUCUGCCCACUGCACAGAAACUGGCUGAUGAGAUUCUGUCACAGAACUCGGAGAUCAACCAGGUCCAUGGGGCCCCGGACCCUACAGCAGGGGCCAGUGUGGACGACGAGAACUGCUGGCAUCUGGAUGAGGAGCAGGUUCAGGAGCAAGUCAAGCUUUUCCUUUCCCAGGGAGGAUACCACGGCUCCGGCAAACAACUCAACCUGCUCUUCAGCAAGGUGAGGGAGAUGCUGAAGAUGCGCGACUCCAACGGAGCGAGGAUGUUAACACUGAUCACAGAGCAGUUCAUGGCCGACCCUCGGCUGGCACUGUGGAGACAGCAGGGCACCACCAUGACCGACAAGUACAGACAGCUCUGGGAUGAGUUGGGUGCCCUGUGGAUGUGCAUUGUACUGAACCCUCACUGUAAACCAGAGCAGAAGUCAUCAUGGCUGCGCCAGCUACGCAGAUGGAACAGCGUGGACGUCUGCCCCUGGGAGGAUGGUAACCACGGCAACGAGCUGCCCAACCUCACCCACUCACUGCCUCAGGGUGCCCAUGGCAACCAAGAGAUGCGUCCCCACCGGACUGUGUUCACACGAGCCAUCGAGGCCUGUGACCUGCACUGGCAGGACCGGCACCUUCAGCACAUAAUCGCCAGUGACCUCUACGCCAACUACUGUUACCAUGACAACCAGGAGGGUUCCCUCUUUGACUCCCGCGGCUGGCCCCUGUGGCAUGAACACGUCCCGACAGCCUGCGCCAGGGUCGACGCCCUGCGGUCACACGGUUACCCGAGGGAAGCCCUCCGACUGGCCAUCGCUGUGGUGAACACGUUACGAAGGCAACAGCAGAGGCAACUUGAGCACUUCCGCCGGCACAAGAAAGAGGUGCUCCAGAAAGGCCACACCUCCAUAACCAACAUGGAGGGCUGGGUGGGACACCCCCUAGAUCCUAUUGGUACCCUGUUCAGCACGCUGACUGAGUCAGGACGAUCGGGAGAAGAGGGCUCGAACACCUGCUUAGACCUCUCAGACUGCUCCAGCGUCGUAAGCCGAGCGGACCUCCAGCGGUUGCCUGUGCAGCGAUUGCUCGGAGACGGCGAAUCGUACGUGGCGCUCGCGGUGGAGACGGCUUUGAUGGGUCUGGGCCAGCAGCGCGUGAUGCCCGAUGGGCUUUAUGCUCAAGAGAAGGUCUGUCGCAACGAGGAGCAGCUAUUAGCCAAGCUGCAAGAAGUGGAAUUGGACGAGUCCUUGGUCAAAAUCUUCCGUAAACAGGCUGUCUUUCUGCUCGAGGCUGGUCCGUACUCUGGCCUCGGAGAGAUUGUCCACAGAGAGAGUGUCCCCAUGCACACCUUCGCCCGUUAUCUCUUCAGCUCUCUCCUACCUCAUGACGCUGAACUUGCGUACAAAAUUGCACUGAGAGCCAUGCGGUUGCCGGUGUUGGAGUCGACAGCCUCGUCUGGUGACCUGUCGCGACCUCACCACAUUGUUUCGGUGGUUCCCAAUCGCUACCCGCGCUGGUUCACCCUGAGCCACAUAGAGUCUCAGCAGUGUGAGCUGGCCUCCACCAUGCUCACCGCUGCCAAAGGCGAUAGUCGCAGGCUGGAAACAGUCCUGGAGUCCAUCCAGAAAAACAUUCACUCCUCGUCUCACAUCUUCAAACUUGCACAGGACGCAUUCAAGAUUGCCACGCUGAUGGACAGCCUGCCCGACAUCACGCUUCUCAAAGUCUCUCUGGAGCUGGGACUGCAGGUAAUGAGAAUAACGCUGUCCACGUUAAACUGGAGGAGAAGAGAGAUGGUGCGCUGGUUAGUCACAUGUGCCACCGAAGUUGGUGUGUACGCGCUGGACAGCAUCAUGCAGAGCUGGUUCACCCUCUUCACCCCCACAGAAGCCACCAGUAUUGUGGCCACCACGGUCAUGUCCAACAGCACUAUCGUCCGCCUCCACCUGGACUGCCACCAGCAGGAGAACCUGGCUUCCUCCGCCCGCACCCUGGCCCUCCAGUGCGCCAUGAAGGACCCCCAGAACUGCGCCCUCUCGGCGCUUACACUCUGUGAAAAGGACCACAUUGCCUUUGAGACAGCUUAUCAGAUUGUACUGGAUGCAGCGGCAACCGGGAUGAGCUACACUCAGCUGUUCACUAUAGCACGCUACAUGGAACACCGCGGCUACCCCAUGCGGGCGUAUAAGCUGGCGACGUUAGCCAUGGCUCACCUGAACCUAAGUUACAACCAGGACACGCACCCGGCCAUCAACGACGUGUUGUGGGCCUGCGCCCUCAGCCACUCGCUGGGGAAAAACGAGCUGGCUGCCGUCAUCCCCCUGGUGGUCAAGAGUGUGAAGUGCGCCACCGUGCUCUCGGACAUUUUGCGGCGGUGCACGCUGACCACGCCGGGCAUGGUGUCCGCACUGCACAGCCGCAGGAACUCUGGGAAACUGAUGUCCCUGGACAAGGCCCCACUCAGGCAACUGCUAGACGCAACCAUCGGGGCCUACAUUAACACCACGCACUCACGUCUCACACACAUUAGUCCGCGCCACUACAGCGAAUUCAUCGAGUUCCUGGGGAAAGCCCGGGAGACUUUCAUGAUGGCUCAUGAUGGACACAUUCAGUUCACCCAGUUCAUAGACAACCUGAAACAGAUCUACAAGGGCAAAAAGAAACUAAUGAUGCUUGUGAGGGAGAGGUUCGGCUGAGGGUGAGGCUGGGGGGUCACCAAAAGCCCCCCUCCUGACUCUAGUACUUUUCUAUUAACUUGAGUCUGCCUUUUUGAACUUCUUUUGGACUUCUCAAAACAGACAAAUGAAAAACGAGGGAUGCGAUUUGUAGAAUGAAGCAAAAAGAGAAAGGAAAAGAUGACAAAAAAUCAACAGAGCCACACGUGGUAUUAUUGUUCUUGCUGUUGUUAUUGUUAUAAACAUUAUUACUAUUAUUAUUAUUAUUAUUAUUAUUGAUAACAUUAUUACUACUACAUGUACAUACGUGUUUUUAUUUUUCAGAAGAGAGGAAAUUUGUCAUGUUGUGAAUGUUGUGUGUAUUUCUCUACAUCAUGUGUGCGAGAGGAAAAAUGAAAAGUGAAAUGGCUUUUUUUUUUUUUUUUUAUUUGAAGCAUCUUUAUUUUUUUCCCUUUUAUCAGAGUAUGAAGAGGUAUAUGUUGUCAAGUGGCAGAAGCCCUUCUACGAUAGCGCUCAUGUACAAGCAAAUAUAGAAGAAGAAGAAGAAAAAAAACAGCCCGGCAAUCCUCAAAGAGAAACUAAGGCUUUAAACCACACAGAGCACCUCCCUCUGUCUACGCCCUCACCGGUGGGUGCUGGGCAGCACUGCACAGCUCGGCUCGGCUCAGCUCGGCAUGGCACAGCUUGGUUUAGCACUGACAGAAAGCUGCCAUCAGCAUUUCUCCAGACACAGCAGUAGCAGUAGCAGCAGCAGCAGCAGCAGCAGCAGCAGCAGCAUUGGGCACAUGGGAAGCUAUUGGUGUUCUCUGGGUCCCAGGCAUUAGCUUCAUGACAACACAAUAAUGCUCUGAGCUAACUUGGUGUUGCUCUGGUCGUUGCCUGUCGAACACAGCGAGCAGGCGCUACACGUACAAACAAAGGCUACAUCCAAACUACUGUGCUUUCAUUUGAAAAAAAAAAAAAAAAAAAAGCAUUUUCAGAUAUUAAAAAUCUGCGUCCAGACUCAAAAAACACCUGAAAAUGUUUAUGUACUGGUGUAAACAGGACGUUGAUUCUCUGCUCUGCUGUUACUGAGUUUGGUCAAAUAUAACCAUUGAGGAACAACCGUAGGCUGCGUAAUUAAAUGGCCGUAGUCUUCCAGUUUCCAAGUCAAGUUGAUCGGCUUUUGCCACCAGAAUUUCACCUGCAACCAGACAGUCGCAUAAGCCGUGCUUUACCGUCCAUCAGCCUCUAAUGUGGAACAUCAUUUAUUUACCAAAUUGACAUCAUGUGCUGUUGAAGAAGACCUGCAACUAGUGACUGAGACAUCAACUCCUCAGGACAACGUUUUACCGACAUUAGAAGUCAAGUAAGAAGGGCGCUCGUUUCCCAAAGACUUCCGAUCAAAUGGAGUUCUUUCUUUUUGCAACCAGCCAAGUCGCCCCCUAGUGGCUAACUGCUACUUCUGUCCUUUAUCUUUUUAAACGAGAAGGCUACGUCCAUUUUUGCAUACGGUCUAUAGAAACAACGGGUGAAGAGAGGAUUUUUGCUCCCGAGUUCGGGUGCUUCUGUGCUUUUGUUUUCAAACCAAAAUUAAGAUAUUAUCCAUUUUCAGGACUCUUAAACAUCAGGGGAAUCACCCCCCCCCCCCCUUUUUUUAAAUGAAAACUAAGUAAUGUGGAUGUAGCCAAAGAUAACAAGUAUUAUUGUCACAUUAAUGUAAUGCAGUAUAGCUGUUACUUCCCAACAGCCCAAAAUUAGGCUAAACGAGUAUAUAUAUAUAUAUAUAUAUAUAUAUAUAUAUAUAUAUAUAUAUAUAUAUAUACACACACACACACAUAUACAUACACACACACACACACACACACACACAUACACUGUAGCUGAGUUUUCUCGUUGAAGCAGAGGGAGACGACUACCUCAUGACACGGUACUGAACCAGCUCCCAAUUCUUUUCUUUUUUUUUCGCUAUCGUGAUAUUUAUCAUCUCAGAUAGCCCGACAGUGUUAAUUAAACAAGAGAUUCACACAAGUGACACCAAGGUUAUGGGGGAGUCGGAUUCCCGCUCAGUGUUUUUUUGUUUUUCUCUGCUGUACAUCAUCACUGCCCUGGCAUUGGUACUUAAACCCCGCCCCCUUUUCAAGAGACAAAUUGGCACUCGGAAGACAUGUCUUGUAUGUCCGUCCCCCUCUCAUCUGCGGCCACCAUCGUAUGGUCAAUUCUCAGACUUGGCCAGUGUCCUUUUUUUUUUUUUCUUUUUUUUUUUUACACUAUGUGCAUGUGAAUCAUAGAAAAUUAGACUCUCUGCUGUUAUAGUUCAUUGUGUGGAACCUUCAGUAAUUGUCAAACCAGAACGUUCUCAGGGAUUUCUCUACACAGGAUUUAAAAAAAAACAACAAAAAAAUUAACAAAAAAAAAACCAAGGCGGAACAAAUGAAUGACUGACUAGAGGAAAAAGAAAAAAAUUAAGACAAACACAUGACACAACGUGAGCGAGCAUUUAUUGUACUCUGUAUAUAUGCCAUAGUAUAUGUCUGAAUAUGGAGGAUCUGAAAGUAUAUGUUAACUAAUUUAUACAGAGUAUUCUAUGUAAUGUGAAAUACUUGAAGCCGCUGUAGUUUGCUCUCUCUCUCUCUCUCCUUUCUCUCUUUUGUCUUUUCUUUUUCUUUUUUCUUCAUUUUGUUGGUUGAAAAACAGAACAUAUCAGAAGGACUAGACUGACCUUGUUGACAAAUUUCUCCGCUCACAAAGGCCUCGGGCGUUCAUACAUGAGAUGCUGGAUCCCCUUAAGAAAUGCAAGUUGAGUCAAAUUGGUAAUUACAGAGAGAGAGAAAUAAAAGAUGUUCAUUCCUGCUGACUAAAGCAUAGGGGGGAAGAAAGAAGAGGGAAGUAGACUACUUCAGGCCAUGGGUCGAUAAAUGUUUGAAAACACUACAGGAUUUCUUGAAGUACUUAAUUAUGCAUGUAAGCCGUUGUACUAGCCUAGUUUUCCACAGGAUCCUAUGGGGGGUAAACGAUAAUGUGUUUUACUAAUUGGAGCAGAACCUGGGUUUUUUUUAACAAAAAAGAAACUGUGUACUAUGUGUCCAGCCUUGCAUGAAUGUAAGUCUUGGCUGAAGUCGGUGUCACAUCUGUAGCUAAAUGGCCGUUCAGACUCACAGUGAUAGUUAUGCACAGGUUCAAAUCUGUCCAAGAUGAAACAGACGAGUCACUUUUCCCCUCCGUUCACCACAGAAUUGCCAGUGUCUCCUCUGCGAUGUUCAGCUGUACUGUCAUUAAUUUACCUUCUUCUUCUUUAUACUCCCCCCCCCCUUUUUUUUUUCUCUUCUUUUCUACUUUGUGUUGAUUAAACAUAAAAAGCAGCCUUUUCUCUUGCCUUGUCUUAACGCUUUAAAGUAACCAAACGGGAGAUCUUGUCUAACAACCAAACGCGUUCUAAGAGGUGAGAGACGACCCACCUUGGUCCCAGCUUUAGUGUCCUUAAUUAGUAAGUGAAUGGCUGUGUAACUCAUGCUUUAACAAAAGCAAUUCCUCACGUGUGUUUGGUGAAAAAGAAAAAAAAAGAAAAUCAUUGUCCAGUGUCUCUUGUUCUCUUCAGAAACAAUUUCCUCUGAGUCUCUCGCUCUCUCUCUCUGUUUUUAUUUCAUUUUUUAUUUUGAUUUUCUUUUGUUCGUGUAGGAAACUUCUGCUCUCCCAUUUUAUUUAUUACAAUGACCCAUGUAUACAUGCUUAUGAAAUUAAGAUUUGAUACACCGAUAUCAAUUUAUUUAUGUAACUAAAAUCACUGUUUUAUAAUCUUGUUAAUGAGUCAAUAAUUGAUUUGUUUUUUUGUUUUGUUUUUUUGUUUUAAUAAAAGUUAGUUUUUUUGAAAUGUA